AAAAAACCCAAACAAAAAUCAAUCUCACACAGAGUGAUACAGUAAUAAGAGCAAGUCGUCUCCGUGUCCUUUCUUAUUUCUUCCUGUAGUCAGUGUGAGUCCGCAUGGCAAUCUGAUCCUGACGUGGUGGCGCCCUAUCGGUUUUUAUCUUGAAAACUGACAAUGCGGGCGUCUCUCUGCAUAAAAAGCCUCAUUUCAUGCUUCUUUCUCAAGACCAAAUCUUUCUGUUCAAACCAGCUCCCCUGUCUACUCUCCACGAUAUAUAAUUCCCUUUUCCUUCCUUCGCCGGGUAAUAAUUCUCCUCUCUCCCAGUCCAACACCUGUUUGUACACUUGCUGCACAUCUGGUUCCGAUAUUAUUGUCUUAGAUUAGCGAGCAUUUCCCUCUUUUGAUCCUGGAUUAUCCAUCCCGUUAUGUUUCCUUUAUCUUUUCAUAUUUAUCUUCAUUCUCCAUUCUCGUUGCAUGUGCUAUCUCACACUAGCUAGCUAGCUUAUCUCAUGCUGCUCUAAAUUACCAAGCUAAGGUAAUUAAUGAUCAAAUUCAACAACAGUGGAAGUCACAGCAGGCUGAGGCUUCCUAGGUUUUAUGGCCUUGACUGGGAUUGGUGCAAUUUGUGAGAGAGGAUACUAUUUUAGAGGCAUACAAAAUACUCUACGUAAGAGAACUGAGAGAAACUCCUACAAGAGAACUUUUGGUAUGGAAUCAAACUGGACAAAAUACAGGAAACCCUUGGCAUUUACCGAUCAAGUGAUUCGAUCUGCAACUUCUUUUAUGCCUUGGUCCCUUAAAAUCCCUAUAAGUGAUAGCCAUCAUGGAUUUCUUUAAUCGAGUCUUCAUUGUUUACAAGGUCCUGUGCUAGAUUCUACGGAGAUAUAAUGAAUUACAAGAAUCGUCUCCAUGUCGAUUUAUUUAUAGAAAAUGCCUGGUUUUGCGAGUAAGAAGGAAUUCUUAGACACAAGCAUGUCUUUCUUCACUUUGAUCACACAAGAUAAUCCUCCAGUGCAUUCAAAGAGCAACCCUGUAGUAGAUUCAAGGGUUGCUCAUGAUAUUGAUGGCCUCAUUGUACCUGGAUUGCCCGAUGAUGUGGCAAAGUAUUGCCUUGCACUUGUUCCUCGCCGCUAUCUCCCAGCUGUGGGUGCUGUUUGCAAGAAAUGGAGGUCAUUUCUUAAAAGCCAAGAGUUCAUAACUGUGCGAAAAUUAGCUGGCUUGCUUGAGGAAUGGCUAUAUGUCUUAACUAUGGAUUCUGAAGGAAAAGAAAGCCACUGGGUGGUUUUGGACCGUUUGGGACACAAACGCCAGCUUCUUCCACCAAUGCCUGGUCCUACGAAGGCUGGGUUUGGGGUUGUUGUUCUAAACGGAAAGCUUCUUGUUAUGGCUGGUCAUUCAUUGAUUGAUGGGACCGGCACUGCAUCAGCAGAUGUUUAUGAAUAUGAUUGCUGCCUCAACAGUUGGAGUAAAUUGUCAAGAAUGAAUGUUGCCCGGUAUGAUUUUGCCUGUGCAGAGGUUAACGGCAAGGUUUAUGCUGCUGGGGGGUAUGGAAUGGAUGGAGAUAGUCUCUCCAGUGUUGAGAUGUAUGAUCCUGACACUAACACAUGGACCGUGAUAGAGAGUCUUCGCCGCCCAAGAUGGGGUUGCUUUGCCUGUGGCUUUGAGGGCAAGCUUUAUGUCAUGGGAGGAAGGUCAACCUUCAGCAUAGGCAAUUCAAGGUCUGUGGACGUGUACAAUCCAGAAAGGCACAGCUGGUGUGAGAUGAAGAAUGGUUGUGUGAUGGUUACUGCCCAUGCUGUUCUGGGAAAGAAACUCUUCUGUAUGGAGUGGAAGAACCAGCGGAAACUAGCAAUAUUCAAUCCAGAGGAUAGUUCUUGGAAAACGGUAGCUGUUCCAUUGACAGGGAGCACAAGUAUUGGUUUUCGUUUUGGAAUCCUUGAUGGGAAACUUCUGUUGUUCUCUCUACAGGAAGAGCCAGGCUAUCGAACUCUGCUGUAUGAUCCUAAUGCUUCUCCAGGUUCCGAAUGGUGUACUUCUGAGAUAAAGCCUUCUGGAUGCUGCUUGUGCAGCGUUACCAUCAAGGCAUGAAAUGAUGCUCUUACAAGGAUCGAUCUGUACGUUUAUAGUCUUCUUGUAUACACAAGCAGUGUUGUAGAGUUGCUCGCCCUCCACAGUCCAAACCCCUGUACGUUUCAGUUCAGUUCAGAAGUUAAGAGUAGAUAAUAAUAUUAAUAUCGAUAUUUUAUUCAUUA